AUGAAAAAACGAAAGAAGACGAUCUACAUGAGUGAUGAGGUUGUGCUUGCGUUUAUCGAUUGCGUUUUUCGGCAUGAGGCGGUCUGGAACCGGCAACAUCCAGACUACAAAAAUAUUCAUCAUAGAAAUGAUGAGUGGAACGACAUCGCAGCAGAAAUGGACCAACCAAUCGAUGAACUUAAAGAGAAGUGGGCAUCGCUCCAAUCCAUUUACCGGAAGUACCGCUCAAAAUUGAACCGGAGCAUGGUAACUGGAUCUGGAGCUGAUGAAAUUGAUCACCCACGGUGGUUCGCUUUUGCUGCGAUGUCGUUCUUAAACGCAACGACUGAUUGUGGAAAUACCGUUAACACCGUAAGUUAA